AUGUGGUCCGCCGAGCGACAGAUCGACGGGCUGACGGCGAGGAAUGCCCAGCUCGAGACACACCUUGCUUGCUUGGAGGCGGACGUCCAGACGUACCACCGAGUGCACGACCUGCUGCAAACUGAUCUCCUGUGCACGAUCCGCGACGGCGAGACGACUCUGGGCAAGAAGGAUGCGGAGAUAUGCUCUCUGACCAAGGACCGAGAGAUCGAACGCCUCAAGGCUCAGCUCCUCCACUCCAAGGAAGUUGACGGCGCGCAGGACAUCGCCGACCGCUCGACCGAGCCGCCCAGCCCUAGCUUGCACAGCAGGUGGGGAAGCGCGGAUAACGUGGACGGGGCCUCGAUUUUUCGGGCCGGCAACAACUCCGCAGACUCCAAGACCCCCUGCGGCAGGAAAGCGCCCAACGCAUCCGCCGCCAUCAUCGCCGCUGCCGGGACCUUCGUCUACUCAAAGGCCUCCCGCCGCGCGACCGACAAGUUGGCCACCAACGUCAUCGCCACUAGCGCUGUUUCCGACGCUGACAGUUUCGCUGCGGAGGCAUUGAUCGCCGACGCCAGGCUUGAAGCCUGGGGGCUCACCAUGAGGAGAGCUGCCACCUCCGCUGGAAACUGA